AUGGCGGCGCUCUGUCCAGGUGUUCACUAUGGGUUAUCUUCACAACAAAAUUAUGGUGAAAAUAGGGACUUGAUUUUUGUGAAAUUAACGGAUUCGGCUUUACGUGCAAUAGAAGAAUAUCUGAAAAAUCAGAACAAAUUCAACAAUCUCAAACCAACGAUCAAGUUCCUAGGCAAUGAAAAUGGAGAGCUCUCCUUCCCCUCGCUGCACCACCACACCGGCCACCAGUUCUUCAACUUCGCCAUGUCCAGUACCGCCGACAUGGAGGGCCAGGGCGGCAGCUUCGAGUGCAUCGGGCAGCAGGGCCCGCCCCGAGGGCCGCUCGAAGGGCUCGGCUCCAUACCGCACAAGAUACGCGUCCACGCGAACGAUGACGUGUACGAGGCGACGCGGACGCGGAUGACUGAGGCCGAGGACAAGUACAAGAAUAAAUGCACAAGAGAAAUCAAGCCGACCCAGACGGACAUCGGUCGAAAGGUGAAGGUGAAGCAGUCGGGGCGAGCGCCUCUGCAUCCCGUCCACCACCAUCACCACCACCAGCAGCAGCAGCACCCGUCGCAGCAUCGCAAAGAGAUGCCGUCGAUGCGGGACAGUUUGCUGAAGCAGCCGCAGCCCUCCUCCUAUCAGCCUUCGUCGCAGGCCAAUUCGAAGCCCAUCCUCGCUCCGUCUCACCAUUCGAUCGUCCAUUCGUCCACCAACGCCGUAGCCAAUCACAACGGGUCUUCGAACGGGCUGGGCAGCAACCACGUCGGCAGCACCAGAUCCAAGUUGGAACUUGGCAAGAAAUCGUCGGUGCCCGAGGUGCCCAGGAGGCCCAUCAACCGCAAACCGCCGCCUCCGCAGCCCGCCCUCACGCCUCCCGGUCCGGGCGGCCAUAGCGACAGCUCGGGCAGCAGCGGGCAGUCGCCGGGCAGCACGCACGCCGGCUCACCGCCCCUGGUCACGUCGUCGAAGCGGCCCGGCUUCCACGAGGGCCCCGACGGCUUCGCGUACAAGAGGCAGCGCAUCGCGCACAACACCAAGCCGGCGGAGCAGGCGUACCAUCACCAGGGGCAGGCGGGGGGGCAGCAGGGGCAGUUCGAGAGUGGCGGGCAAAGGAGGCCGGUGACGGAUUUGCGGGACGCCAGCAACAUGAACCCUCGCAGCAGGGAAUCCCCGAUCGCCGUCCCAUCAGGCUACCCGUUCACCAACGGUUACCAACCGCUAUCCUCCAACAACCACACCAACCACAACAACCACGUCAACGGUGGCCAGCUGGACGACAAGCGCCGCCCCUCGUCGGAGGACGACGACGAGGACAAAAAACCGCCCAUCGCGGCCUGCCCCGCCUGGCGACCUCAUCAGGCGCCACCUGUCGACGGGCAGCCCGUCGACGUCGUCAAGACGGAGCCGCCCGAGGUGAGGCCCGAGCGGGAGGCGGAGGAGAGGGGGCGGGCGCAGGGUGGGGGACGGCAGGGGAACGGAUUGGGUGUGGUCGCUGGGGGCAGGCUGGCGAACGGCAGGGGCAGGCAGGGGGGCGGGGAGCGAGAGGCGGAGCGGGCGGGCAAGUAUAAUAAGGUGUCAUCGUCAACUGACAACAGGAUAGCUAGGGUGAGUCCUGACAGUCAAACGGACGGGAUGCCUGUUCCAGAACCCGACCCUUUGCCCUACACUGGCUCGGAUGCCGAUUUCGUCGAGAAGGAGAACGAAUUUCCAGACUACAGGAAGCAAUAUGUUACCAUUUUCGAUCCUGACCAGAGAAGGAAAUACAAGGUCGAUUUCAACGCGGAUUAUGCCGAAUACCGCGACUUGCAUUCUAUCGUCGAAAAGGUUUCCAGGAAGUUUGCCUUAUUGGAAGAACGUCUGAAACAAGAAGACAUCAACAGUCCAAGAUAUAAAGACAUCAGGAGACAAAUAGUGAGCGAAUACCAGGAGAGCAAAAAGGACGCCGAACACCUGCGCGCGAAACGCCGCUUCCAGUACUUGCACGACAAGCUGUCGCACAUCAAGCGGCUGGUGACCGAGUACGACCAGCAAAUGGCCGACGGCCGGUACUGA